AUGCGUCGGAGGUACAGAAUCCUUCGCCUUACAUACUGGGUUACGUAUGUACUGCUCUCCUGGGCCCUGAACCUGCUCGUCUGCAAGCGGAGGGUCUACCACUCGACCGCGAGUGCAGCGCCCAGCGGCGCACCAAUCGUUGCCGAGCGGCUCUUCGAGGUUCCGUGGUCCCCUGCCGUCGUCCAGGUCCGGGCCUGGCAAAUGGGAAAAGACUCGACCGAGAACAAUCACCAUUAUGUGAGACCUCGUGGAAUCAGCCUGGGCCAGCUCCCAGGUUUCCUCAUCUUUCACUUUCUUGGGACAGCUGGAGUCAGUCCUUCACAAGACCGAUUCAUCAGGGAUCACAAGACAGCGCUCCCUCAAAGUUCCUUCAGAUUCCCCAGAGCUGCCGCAGUCAAGGAAGAGAAGACCCGAACUCGAGGGGGGCCAAAUCUCAACAUCACUAUGGCGUUGCGACUGGUUGUCAAUACGGUCUUGUUGGCCAUUCCCAUCGGAGGCUCGUUGGGCGCAUUAUUCGGCAUCGACGCACACCGGUCCGCGACAGGGCAAGCCCCUCUGUUCAAUGGUGAUGGCUCAAAUUCAGGCUCGAGCUCGGGGGGUGGUGGCCACGAUAGCACCGGCGGAGGCUCUGGUGGCGGCAGCUCGACGACGGAUAACGGCGUGACCAACACCGAAUACUGCCAGCAAUUUUAUGGCGUAUCGCCCCCGUCCAAGCACGGUCAGCUUUACACAUUCAAUCCCAAUCAAUGGGGUCUGCUACCAUCCACGGUGGGAGGGCUCUGUCUCAAUGUCACAACGUUCGACAACCAAACGUACGCGUCCAAAUAUUCUGCUCCUAGCUUCUCCGUGACCUGGCAAUUCGAACCCGGCCCCGCAAACCAGCCGGUGCACGCGUAUCCCAAUGUCAUGGUGGACAAGGUUCUGCCACUUGAAUUGGGCAAAAUGUCGACGGUGGACUUGGAUCUGGCAUGGAGUUACGCUGUUGGGGACGAAGUCUCCACCACCACUGACGAGAAUGCCUUGGCCGCAAAUCAAGUCGCUGCCAACGUUGCCAUCGAUAUGUUCUUCGAUUCGGAUCAGGACUCCGCACAAAACAGUUCGCUGGCCAGCUACGAAGUCAUGGUUUGGUUUGCCCGGUUCGAUAAAUCACUGACUCAAGUGAUUGGUGAGCCCAAAGGAGUUGUCACAACCAAGACCGUCAACGGUACAAAUUUUGAUCUCUACGUCGGCCAAAACACCAACCGCGCCGGCAGCACGCUGAACGUCUUAUCCUGGGUUGCCAAUCCGUCGACGACGACCUUCACGGGCGACAUCUACCCGCUCAUCACCGACCUCUACACCUUGAAGGGUGACGUCUACCCAUCGAGCUCUGACUACAUGGGAAUCUUCCAAUUCGGCACCGAAGCCUUCCGCGCCGCCCAAAACGUUACUUUUUCCGUCCCCAAAUUUUCAGUCGACAUUGAGUAG